GCGGAUAAGGGCUUCGCGGAUUUGUGGUGGAACCAUGGUCAACUCUUGGAUUUUGUUCUCUUGCAACAGGGAGAAGAAUCUCUUUUCCCUGAAGGGCAGAGCCAAUCAAGGGUCCCGGAUGCAGAUCUACAAGUUCCUCCUGGAGCAUUUUACCGACGAACAGCGAUUCAACAUCACCUCCAAAAUUAGCCUAAAUGUCCUGGCCUCCUUUGUGGACGGCGUCCUGCCGCUCAAUAUGGAAGCCAGCCAGCUGCUCUCGGAUACCUUUGAGAUCUUGAGCUGCAAGGAGAUCAAACUCUCGGCCAUGAGAUCCAGACCAGAAGAAGACAUCCAGCCGGAAGAAGAUGAAUUAGCCAUGGCCAACGCCGUCAUGCAGGUGGCCCAGAAGAAGCUGAUUUCACAGGUCCAAAAGAAGAAUUUCAUCGAAAACAUCAUCCCCAUCAUCACGUCGCUGAAGAGCUUGCUGGAGCAAAGCAAACUCCCAGUGUUGAAGGACCUCAUGAAUUACCUCCGGGAGGUGAUGCAAGACUAUCGCAACGAAAUCAAGGAAUUCUUCGCCCUGGACAAGCAGCUGGCGGCUGAGCUGGAGUACGACAUGAAGAAGUACGAGGAGCAGCUGGAGAGGGAGGCUGAGCAAGACCAGGAGCUGAACGCGGAUCACGAAGGCCACAACACCCUGAUGGCCAGGGCGACUCCUACCUUGGAGAGGACUUCACAUCCUCGGAAUCAGAUGGGCGAGGCCUCCCCGCGUACCCAAAGCAAUUCUUCACCACCUCUGCGAUCUCCUCUCUCGGCCCUUGCAAUGUUUCCCGUUCCUGGGCCGGGACCUACGAAGCCCCAACACAGGAAUUUAUCCCUGAGUACUUCGUCCAUCCUCAACUCUGCUAAGCGAGCCGCCGAGGCCGUGGAGACGAAGCGCGGCAGGAGCAUGGGGAGCAGGCUGGAAUCUCUGAGGAGCAGACAAAGCGAUAAAGCUUCCUUUUGCAGCCUCAACCGACCAUCUUCCCUUACCAAAGGACCCUUGGAAGGCCGCGCGAUCAGUACUCCUGAACAGUCCAUUAACAACGUGACCUUCGGAGCCGGAGUCAGCCGAAUUAGACUGAGCCUCACAUCACCUUCUUGUAAAGUCAAAGAGGAACCAGAAACUCUGCAGGAGCAGGUGAUUUGCUUGACCUCACCAGAUAAAUUGUUGCCCCAGCCUCCACAAUGGAGGGUGAAUUCUCCAAGAAGCAGCAGUCGAUCCAGUUUAAGGCUGCUGAGACCGCGCUCUAAAAUGGCCCGGCAACCAAAGAAAUGACUGUGUUUUUCUUCCCAGCAAAAAUGCGUCUUGCCUACAAGCAGAAUCAUGUUUCAAGCACUCUCUGCACCUUUUGGAAGAUCAUCGAUCGAUGCCUCCUAACUCUUCUUUUUAUUCUCCCCGUGUCAGUCUUGCUUGCUUUUAUAAUCGGUGUGCUAUAAAUAAUCUGUUUAGUAGCACUGCAACUGGAAAUAGCCAACUGCUGCGUGGCUAGGCAAGGGCCCCUCCUCCUACCUUUUUUUUCAUGCGUGGAUUACGUCCUCUCGAGCAAUUUGACUUGAUUGGGGUCCAUGAAGCACUUUUAGGGCUGAGACCA